ACCAGAAGAAGAAGAAACAGCGCCGCAGGUCGCUCAGUUGCUGAACCUUGUUCACUGAGAGCGGAUCACAGAGCAGGACCCCACCACCCCUACCACCACCACCCUAACCACCCAACCAGCUGAUUUUGGCGCUGCCCUCCUCUUGUUCUUAUCAGCCAAUGAGAACUGUAGCGGUCCUCGGAGGAGGAAUAGGGGGACUAGCUGCAUCGUACUACCUCUGCAAGAACCCCCAGGUUACCAAGGUGGUUCUGUUGGAGUCCAGCAGUCGUUUUGGAGGUUGGGUCUGGUCCGCACGCCGAUCAGAUGGGACGGUGUUUGAACUGGGACCAAGAGGGAUCCGGCCUGCUGGGGCAGUGGGACGCAACACACUCAACAUGGUGGACGACCUGGGUCUGGGGGCGGAGAUUCUGCCGGUCUCAUACAGUCAUGUUGCCUCCAAAAACAGAUUUCUGUAUGUGAAGGGAAAACUGCAUCGGAUGCCUUCAGGAAUCAGUGGACUUCUCCGAACAGUCCCGCCCUUCUCCCGUCCUCUCCUGUUCAGCAUCGCCACGGAGAUCCUGGUGAAAAAAGGGAAAAGCGAUGAUGAAUCCAUCCACUCGUUUGUUUCCAGGAGGCUCGGAAAGGAGCUGGCGGACAUCGCCGUGGACAGCCUCUGUCGUGGUGUGUUUGCAGGCGACUGCAGGGAGCUGAGUGUCCGCUCCUGUUUUCCUCAACUCUACAACGCGGAGCAGUGGAGAGGUUCGCUGACGCUGGGAAUGCUGCUGGGAUCAGGUCCAACCCCCGUCGUCUCUCCUGGACCUUUGGCUCAGAGGGCCAUGAAGGAGUCAUGGGCCCAGUGGUCCCUGAGGAGGGGAGUAGAGUCCCUCCCAGAAUCCAUCAGCGAGUACCUACAGCAGAGUAGGAAAGCUGAGCUUCACAGAGAUGCUGCUGUUAAACAGAUUAACCCUUCAGCUGCUGGCUGGGCGGUCCAUUUGGAGGAUGGAGUCAUAUCAGCUGAUCACAUCAUCUCUGCACUUCCUGCUAAAGCCCUGUCCCGCAUCCUGCCGUCCUCCUGUCAGCCUCUCAUCCAGCAGCUCCAGGAUGUCUCUGCCGUCACUGUUGCUGUUGUAAACCUGGAAUAUGAAGGCUCCGUCCUCCCUGUGACCGGCUUCGGUCAUCUGGUUCCUUCAUCAGAGGAUAAGGGUCUGCUCGGGGUGGUCUAUGACUCUGUUCCUUUCCCCCAACACAACAGAGCCAAUGGACCCACAACCAGACUGACGGUGAUGAUGGGCGGAGCCUGGUUCCAGGAAGUGUUUGGACCUGUGGAGUCUGUGACAGCAGAGAGUCUAUUAAUGAGGGCUACAGAGGCGGUUUGCAGCCAUCUUGGAGUCUCUGCAGCUCCCAGCUGGAGUCGAGUAACUCUUCACAAGGACUGCAUACCUCAGUACCAGCAGGGACACCAUCGGAGAGUCGAGUCCAUGCGGAGCUUCAUACAGGACAACCAUCUGUCUCUGUCUCUGACUGGUUCCUCGUUUGAUGGAGUGUCGGUGAAUGACGUCAUCUUCAGUGGACGGACGGCUGUAGACCAGCUGUUAGGGGGUGGAGACUGAAUGACACAGGACCUGAAGGGGGUGGAGUCUGAUGCGGCAGCAUGAUGACAGCCAGAUGUUAAUAUGUGUAAUAUUAGCGUAUCUGCUCUGAUGCUCAGGUCCAUGCAGUUUAUUUGUCCUGAAAAUACUUUUUCCUCUGAUGGAAACUUUGAUGAAUGUUUAAACAAAAAUUUUAAAUAACUGAUUCUGUCAAACUUUAUGAAGUGCUUUUUUCUCUUUGGAAUAAAAGACUAAUCCUGCACGAAAUAAUUGUGUUAAUAAAGUUCUGUGACUCAUCA